AUGGCGACUCACACGACAGAGGACCCGAAGCCAGACGGCGCUGCCUUUGAUACCUUCUUCGAUAGCAUAGGAAAGAAAGCCGAAAACCUCAGCAUCAACGACCAGAAUGGCCAAAAACACCCCGUCACAAACGGCGCCGAGUCCACACCGGACAAACCAGAAGACGAUGAGCCCAGAGUUGUCGACGAGAUUGAGAGCUUGUGUAUGAACUGUCAGGAGAAUGGAAUCACCCGGAUGUUGCUUACCAGAAUACCCUUCUUCCGCGAAAUCAUAAUCAUGUCCUUCUUCUGCCCACACUGCAGCUUCAAGAAUUCCGAGAUCCAAUCUGCAGGCGAAAUCCAGCAGAAAGGAUCUCGUUACGAGCUUCGCCUACGAGCCGCCGAGGACUUUGCGCGCCAAGUCGUCAAGUCCGAUACCUGUGUCGUCAAGUUCAUCGAGCUCGACAUCGAAAUCCCAGCCGGCCGAGGCCAACUCACCAACGUUGAAGGACUGCUCAGCAUGGUCGUUGAAGACCUGGAGGUUGGACAAGCAGCGAGAAAAGAAGCAGCGCCGGAAGUAUACACCAAGAUUGAGGCGAUCCUAGCAAAGGGGAAGGAUAUGCUAGCCAACAAAAGCUUCCCGUUCCGAGUCUCGCUCGACGACCCAGCCGGAAACUCCUGGAUCGAGCCCAACCAGAAGGAUGGCGUAGGAAAGUGGUCCAAGACCGAAUACGCACGCACACCUGAACAAAACGAAGCACUCGGUCUCGGUGUAGGCAACGAGCAAGAAGCCCUGGAGCCAUCAGCCGCAGGCCAGCCAACCGCCGAGAACUUUGAGAACGACGAUAUCAUCCCUAAUGAAGUGUAUUCUUUCCCCGCAACGUGUCCGGGAUGCACGAGACACUGCGUCACGCAUAUGAAGAUGGUGGAGAUUCCGCAUUUCAAACAAGUGGUUAUCAUGAGCACCGUGUGCGAGGAUUGCGGCUACCGCUCGAACGAAGUGAAGACUGGAGGCGAAGUCCCGGAGAAGGGCAAGAAGAUCACACUUCACGUCAACGGGCCCACGGAUCUCGCUCGUGAUAUCCUGAAGUCCGAGUCCUGCGCCCUGGAAUGCCCAGAGCUGAACCUCUCGGUCAACCCUGGCACCCUCGGUGGUCGAUUCACGACGGUCGAGGGUCUGCUGACGCAAGUCCGCGACGAUCUGCACCAGCAGAUAUUCGAUGUCGGUGACGAUUCUGGCGCGGGGGGGGACUCGCUGCCGUCUGCCGAGAAGUCUACCUGGAAGGCCUUCUUCGAUAGCCUGGGAGAGGCGAUCCGGGGAGAGCGGAAAUUCACCGUCGUGCUCAAGGACCCGCUGGCGAGCAGCUACGUUCAGAACCUGUGCUCGCCGGACGCCGAUCCGCAGAUUGAGACGGAGGAGUAUGAGCGGACACACGAAGAGGAAGAGGAUCUGGGACUGCUGGAUAUGCAGACCGAGGGGUACGUUGACGAGGUGGGGAUUGAGAAGAAGAGGGUAGAGGACGAGAAGAAGGCUCAGGAGGGGAAAGAGGUGAAGAACAGCGAGGAGAGUAAUGGUUGA